GACCUCGUGGGAAAUUGUAGACGUUCAUCAUCUCCCUGGCUGAAAACGUUAUCGGCAUGUACCAUAAGGCUUGAAACUGUGAUACGCUUCACCCUGCCAUGUUGUGAUGCACAAUAAAACGCAGCCUUGAUAUGAAUCACAAUAUAUAUGGAAUCUGGAACUAAAGCUUACAACGACAGAUCAGGAUGUGGAUGUUUGUAUGUGUGCUGUGUGGGGCGUUUAUCUCAGCUGAAGCUGAUGAUGUAACCUUUGAUCUCGUACUACGUCAUUUCUGGGACUUUCGGAUGCAAUAUUCCCCAGAGUUUUCAACCUACCAGGGCGUAUAUAAGUAUAAUGAUGCCACACAAUCAAUGAAUUUGUCUGUGAUUGAACGAAAAAAGGAAGCGGUUGAAUCAUUUCUGUCAAUGGUGGAGUUAAUAAAUAAGGAUGAACUCAGCAAGGCUAAGCAAAUGGAGUAUGUCAUUUUUAAAGAUUACAUAACAACUUUCCUCGACGGUUACAAAUGGGCCACGUAUGUGCUGAGUCCUGUUAAUUUUCUAGAGGGGAUCCAUUUGUAUUUUCCGGUAGAAAAAGCGGAGACUAACACACGAGGUGACUUCGAAAAUUACAUUGUUAGAAUGUUCAACAUGCCAAAAUUGGUCGACGAAGUAAUCUCCAGGAUGAAUGAAGCUAUUCGACUCAAUUUGACAUAUCACAAAGUUUCUAUUGCCGCAGUACCAGAUCAAAUUCAAGAAUUGCUUGUUGGUGUUGAUGAGUCUAACUUCUAUAUUCCGUUUAACAAGUCACUCGAGAAGUCUUUAAUACCCGAGAAAGUCAGGCUGUCGCUGAGGAGAAGAGGUAGAGAGGGCAUUGCAGGAGUACUGGAUUCUUACAGAAGACUUAAAGACUAUAUAGAAAACACCUACCUUCAUCACACGAGGCCUCAGACGUCUGUUAAGUCCCUGCGGAAUGGCGUCGACUACUAUCGAGCGUGUCUCAAGUGGCAUACUUCUCUGGAUGUGUCGCCUGAGUAUGUCCACAACCUUGGGCUGCAGGAGGUCAACCGAAUAUACGGAAACAUGCAAAAGGUUUUGAAUCGGUUUUCCUUCAUGGGUUCUGUAAAAGACUUUUUUGACAGUAUUAAAAACGACGCUAGAUUCAUCAUCGAUGAUGCAGAUGAAAUAGUUGAAGAAUACACGGACCUUGUAAACAACAGAAUCAGACCGAUAUUGCCAAAAUACUUUACAAAUAUACCGAACGUUAUGAUGACAGUGGAGAAAUCCCCAAAUGACGGCACUGGGGGUUCGUAUGCCUUGGCUUCUGAGGUCAAUCCCGGCAAAUUCCUUAUCAACCUAUACAGACCACGGGAAAAUCCUACAUUUGACUACAUGGCACUAAGUCUCCACGAAGCCUAUCCUGGUCACCAUAUGCAGCACAGCUACACCAUGAAAGCAGAUCUUGCCAAGUAUAGACGAUUCCCGGAGUACAGUUUCUAUGAUGUCCCAUUUACCCUGCCGUUUUUUUCAGCCUACGUAGAGGGAUGGGGAUUAUAUUCAGAAUACCUCGGCGAAGAGAUGGGACUGUAUGCAGAUGACUAUGAACUAAUGGGAAGAUACAGUGGUGAAAUGAUGCGUGCCUCUCGCCUGGUCAUUGAUACUGGGAUACAUCACUUUGAUUGGACAAAGGAAAAGGCUAUGGAUUAUAUGUUCAACUACACAGCGUAUGGACCGGGAUUUGUAGAAAUUGAAAUCAAUCGGUACAUCACGUGGCCUGGUCAAGCAUGCGCAUACAAGAUGGGGGAAAUCAAAAUACGAGAACUGAGAAGGAAAUCAGAAAAAGAAUUAGGGGAAAUGUUCGACAUCAAGAAGUUCCAUUCUGUGAUUUUGGAACACGGCCCUAUGUCCAUGAACAUUCUUGAGACCCUGGUAGAUGGUUGGAUUGAGGAGACAAAAGCAGCACAUAACGGGGCGACAGCAGUUUCAUGGAGCACUGAGACACAGCUACCGUUGUUUUUAGUUCUAAUCAGUGCAGUUACAUACUGUGUACGGGUGGAUCACUGAUACAAAGCUACCGUUGUUUCUAGUUCUACUCAGUGCAGUUACACACUGUGUACGGGCUGCAUAACACUUUCCACCAAUAUCGUCUCAUAUAAAGAGGGACAAUUAUUGAAAAGCCAACGUCACAUUUUUUCAAAGAGCAUAUCGGUCAUGUAUUUAUGUUGUAUGGAUCGCACCUAUUAGUCAAGCAGCAAGCUAUGCAAUAGUACAAUAGUCAAUAAAAAACAGGAAGACUUAAAGAUUGAAAAUGGCCGUUUUUAUUAAAACGACAUAAGAUAGAAAUAUUUAUACAUGUUACAAUACAUGUAUUGAACACCCUCCUGAGAAGGUGUACCAUAGACUGCAUUUCAUAAUGCAAUGUCGUUCUCCUUGUGACUACAGUAGGUGACGGGACAAAAAACGCCCAAACCUUAAUAACUAAUAUGAAACAACGUUUUAUAAUUUAUACUUAUCACACUUGUUUGCCCGGAUCUUAGCGCACGGAGGGUCAUGCUGUGGGAGGAAACCGGAGUACCCGGAGUAAACCCACGUUUUCGGGCAGGUGACCCCAUACCUUUUCACGUCCGAUUGGGGAAUCGAACCCCGUCCGCCGCGGUGAAAGGCAAAUGCGCUACCCGGUCACCCUUAGAUUAUAUAAGACAUCUCAUAUCCAGAACAGAUAUAUCUUAGAUAUAUAUGAUACAUGUAUAUAUGCACUUGUACUGUAUUUUAAUGACAGACUAUUAGCCCC